AGCUGCCCAGCACAGGUGUGUCCUCACCUGUGACAAAACCUGGUAUGUAGUCACACGCAUUCUGAUUGCGGCAAAAGGUGUUUCAUACUUGGUUGAACACGUGUGCCAAAUGUAAUCGCAGCGACCUGAGUGGAAACCAUGGGCAGAUUUUGGAACGAGCUGUUAAUGGUGCUGAUGCUGGCGGAUAUUUUGUUCAUGGCGUUGGCGCGCAAAGAAGGCAAAGCGCGGAGGCGUAAAGUGGAGGGUCAGCAGGACGCGCAGCCGCAGCGCAACUCCACUUCUUUUCAGAUUCCCCUCGACCCAAUACUGACCGGAGACCACACAGCUGGAGCCGGAGAACACGAGGUGGACUUCGACAAAGCCAUAGAUGACAUGGUGUCCCAGGUGAGGAACAACCCGGCUCUGUCCAAAAGCAAGUGCGUGGUGGACCGUCACCUGUGGAUGUCCAACAGCCGAAGCCUCUCCCCGUGGUCGUACAGGAUCAAUCAUGACGAGAACCGCAGACCCGUCGACAUACCAGAGGCUAAGUGUGCAUGUGCAGGCUGCAUUAACCCCUUCACCAUGCAGGAGGACCGCUCAAUGACCAGUGUGCUCAUCUACGCCAAGAUCCCGGUGCGGCGGCUGCAGUGUCCCCGCAAGAAGAAGAAGAAGUGUGUGCCACGGUACCGCACCGUGGUGGAGAGCAUCGCCGUGGGCUGUACGUGCAUAGCAGGCUGACCACCGAACUAAUCUUUUUACGAACUCUCACUCUGAUCACGUGUUUUUAUUAUUACCACAGCUCAUGUACAUCUUCAGUGUCAGGUUGCUGAAUCAAAACAUAAACACAAACACAGUGUGUAACAAUACACCAGAGCAACCAUCUCUCCAUUUUGUCACAGCUGAGUAUUGUUAUUGUUGUUGUUGUUUUUCUUUAUAUCAGUUAUAAUAGACUUUUUAUUAGCCAUUAGCUUGUUAUUUUUUUUAUGCAGUUAUGAUAUGCAGCCAAGUUUUCCAAGCAAUUCAUUUUUCUCUGUUUCAUUCCUAAGCAGUGACAACCUGAGAGCUGCUCCUUUUUUCUAUUUGUUAUUCUUUAGGCCACAAGGCCAAAUACAGCUGUAUUGUAUUUACAUUUACAGAAUUUGGCAGACGCCCUUAUCCAGAGUUACAUUUAUCUCAUUCAGCUGAGGGUUAAGGGCCUGGCUUCAGGGCCCAGCAGUGGCAGCUUGGCAGUACUGGGAUAUUCAUGAUCUUCUGAUCAGUAGUCCAAAGUUUUUUAAACACUGAGCUUUCCUAAGAUUUUCAGAGUCAUUGUUACACCUUGCUGCUUUUUUUUGUCUAUGAUUAUUAUUAUGCUGUUGCUGAAACAUUUGUUCCAGAGUUGAAUCUUAAACACUAUGCAUUGUAAAUGCCUCUUGAGCUCAGGUCUAUUAUUUUGCUCCAUUGUAAAAUAUAAUGCAUGCAUUUAUUACUGACACAGUAUGUAGGGUUAGAUGUGCUAAAAGCAUAAUAAAUAAACAUAC